CACAAGGACGACGGCCACCACUUUUAUUUAGAGCCCAUCUCGCUAUAUAAAGCCGGCAGUGAGUCACCAGCGGCUCCCACACUCUGGCUCUCGGCUCCAGCAGCAGCAGCACCGACCGAGGCAUCUCCUCUCUCACUUUACUCAGGGUCCCUCAGCCUCAAACCUCCAGACAAAGCUGCUCCCGCAGCCUCAUAAAGGAUGGCCCAAAAUACGCUAGUGGCUCUCGUUGUGAUUUUGUUGGUUGCCGUGAACUCGGUUUUAUCUUCCACAUUGCCAAGAGGAGAUUGCGUUGAAAGAAGUUUGUGCUACCACUCGACUGAUUGCUGCAGUGGAUGCUGUGAAGAAAAUCAAUGCGUUAAACCAGAAAACUUUGCUACUGUCAACCAAUGUAGCGACCACAAAGUUGCUCGUGACUGCUCGACCCUGAAGUGCCCCCAAGGACAGGAGUGCCAGCAAGAGACGCGCUACUGCUUGAUCGCUCCUUGCCCGCAGCCCUUGCCUAAAUGUGUUGAAAGCUCUGGAAAAGUGCUGAUAGAAAAAUCACCUGUACCCCUGCCUGUGCAAUUCUGAAAGACUAAUUUUUUAAGUUUGCUUUUUGCUGCAAAGAAAAAUGUAAUAGGGAGAGAUUACCUGUAGACUCGCGUUUUUGGUUUGUAAAUUAUGAUAGUAAAUUGCUAAAUUGUUUUCAUAAAUUUAAGAUAAAUAAUUAAAAAUUUGUAUCAUAAACAUAAAGUUAAUAACACAAACUAAAUGACGAAUAAAAAUGUGAAUUUUUC